AUGGCCGUUGACACGAAUCAUACAAGGACAGAUUUGGUCAAGCAAGAUCUUCUCACCAACAAUCGUCUAAACGCCGCUAUGGGCAACUUCUCGGAUGCUCCAGCAGCGGAACCGACAGUUGCUACCACUUUAAUCACCUCAACUGUCGAAGCCGUCACUGAACAUUCUGGCGGUCUGGGUGGUGGCGCAAUUGCUGGGAUUGUUAUUGGAGUUCUGGUACUCCUCGCCCUCAUCGCCAUCGGCAUCUUUAUCGGCAUGCGCUACAUGAAGGACAAGCGGAAAAACCACGGCGAAUACCGGCCACAAUGGGAAGAGGAACACCACGCCAAGGACCUGCCCCACAUACCGCCCCCGAAUAUCGAGGGUUUGAUC